AUGCUUCUGCUGUGGCUGCUGCUGGCCCUGCUCUGGUGGAGGGAGGGGGUCAAGGGCCAGAGGGAGCCCUGGGAAAACAACAAGGAUUACCAGCUGCAAGUGCAGGGGUUGGUGACGGUGCAGGAGGGCCUGUGUGUGCGGGUGCCCUGCUCCUUCUCCUACCCCCAGGAUGGCUGGACUGACUCUACCCCAGCUCACGGCUACUGGUUCCAGGAAGGGGCCAAUACACACCAGGAUGCUCCAGUGACCACAAACAACCCAGAUCGAAAAGUGCGGGAGGAUACCCAGGGGCGAUUCCAUCUCCUUGGAGACCCUUGGACCUACAACUGCUCCCUGGACAUCAGAGACGCCAGGAAGACAGAUGAUGGAAAAUAUUUUUUUAAAGUUGAGAGAGGAAGUGCAAAAUGGAGUUACAUAUCCAACCAUCUCACCGUGCGUGUGAUGACCCUGACGCACAAACCCGACAUCCUCAUCCCAGGGACUCUGGAGUCCGGCCGCCCCAGAAACCUGACCUGCUCUGUACCCUGGGCAUGUGAGUGGGGCACACCCCCCAUCUUCUCCUGGAGGACAGCUGCCCUCACCUCACUGGGCCCCAGGACCCGCUUCUCCUCAGUGCUCACCCUCACCCCACGGCCCCAGGACAACGGCACCAACCUCAUUUGUCAAGUGAAGUUCCCUGCAUCUGGUGUGAUCGUGGAAAGCACCAUCCAGCUCAACGUCACCUAUCCACCCCUGAACCUGACCAUCAGUGCGUUCUGGAAAGAAGGCACAGGACCUGAAGCUCUGGGCAAUGGCUCAUCUCUUCCAGUCCAGCAGGGCCAGUCCCUGCGUCUUGUCUGUGACACUGACAGCAACCCUUCUGCCAGGAUGAGCUGGACCCAGGGGAGCGUGACCCUGAGACUCCCCUCACCCUCAAACCCUGGGGUCCUGGAGCUUCCCCGGGUGGUCUUAGGGGACGGAGGAGAAUUCACUUGCCAAGCUCAGAACCCUUGGGGCUCCUACCACGUCUCUGUGAACCUAGUUGUGCAGGGUUUCUCCUGCUCCUGUCCCCCUAUCUCUGGGGAGCAGCGGGGCUCCUGGCCUCUAGUCCUCACCCUGCUCAGGGGGGCCCUCAUGGGGGCUGGCUUCCUUCUCACCUACGGCCUCACCUGGAUCUACUACACCAGACGCAGGAUGGACAUCCAGAACCCUCCAUCUCAGAGAUACUGCCGCAGUUGCUGCCCCUGCUGUGAGCAAGGACUACUGGACUGCCUCUACCCCAGCUCACGGCUACUGCUUCUGAAGAAAACAUGGAAACGGUUCAAGUAA